GGGAGUUUCCUUAAUAUUCUGCAGAGUGUCUGGAUGUUUGACCGAUGGACGGGUGUUUCUGUCCGUAUCUGGAGAGGACAUGAUGUGUGUCCACAGUAGAGACACAACGGGGCUCUGGAUGCUGCAGAACGAUGGAGCUGAGGUGGUGCUGCUGACCUCCAGGGACGACCCUGUGACUCAGUCUCUGUCUGGCAAACUGGAAACAAUGCUGAGUUGUGAGGUUGUAGAUGUUGGGGACGAACCGCUGAAGGACGUGCAGGCGGUCAUGGAGCAGAGGAAGAUCAGCUGGAAGAAUGUGGCCUACAUGGGUGAAGAACUGCCUUCUUUCAGCUAUUUUUAAUAAUUUAACAUUUUAAAUUAUGUGUAUUAGAGACACAUAAUGGCAUCCUGUGAUUCAGUGCCUUGCAUAGGGAUACAUAAAUUAAUUCAGAAGACAUGUGGAGGAAGGUGCGUUAGUCAGAUGAAACUGAAACAGAAAAUUGCUGUAAAAUACUGUCCUUAGGGGAAAACGAUCACAGUGCUAGCAGAUAGCGAUGUUAGCAUCAUGCUGUGAGGAGGCUGCAGCAGGAACAGAAAUAUGGAACUAAAUCUAGGACAAUCCUGGAAGAAAAGAUGUCAGAGGUUAGAUAAGAUUUGAGAUGAGGUGGAGGUUCCACUUCCAGCAGAAAAACAAAAACAUGCAGCCAGUUCCUCAGUGAACUUGUUUAGAUCAAACCAUAUCUAUGCAUUGAAUGGUCUAGUCAAAGCCCCGUUGUAGCAUAUUUAAUCCAAUAAAAAUAAUUUCCCAGGCUUAAUCAUUAUGAAAUAUAAAUGAAAUCGUCAUCGAGAGCCUUUUA